AUGGACGCCUAUCCAUCACCGUUCUCUAUCAUAACACUCGUCUGCUCCUUUGCCUGCGCGCACCCACUCUUUCUGUAUGACUGCUUCGCCUCCAUUAUCCUGAGGGGCCUGCACCUCGUCUUCCCGAAAGUCCCAGUCACCACCCUCAUCAGAAACUACCGCCGCCUCUUUGCUAUCGGCGCCUACGCUCCGUACAUCUCGUCCACAGCAAUCUCUCCGGGCACCCGCCUCGACCUCUCCCCGGCGCCUAUAAUCAAAAUCCAAGUAGAGGUGUCCGAGGAGCUCACCCACGACACCCUCUACGCCAUCUACAUCUGCGCCAUCGUCAGCCUCUCCUGCGGCCCCACCCAAUUCUCCUUCCCUCGUCGCCUCUUCCUCCUCAAGACGCCCUAUGACGGACACAGCGACGAAAAGCCAUGCACCUUCAAGCGGUGCUUCCCACAUGCCCUCUUCACAUCGGCAGACACCCUCGUCUUAGCCGCGCUCCGGCACCGCCUCACAGGCGCGAGCCCGGCGGACCUCCCAGUCAACCCGACCCACACCCGUGCCAUCACCGCGGCCCUCGACGAGACGCUCGACAACUACACUCCCCCUCAGCAAUACGUCAGCGAGUUUGCGGAGGUACCGAACGCGCGCAUCGUCCCCAAAGACGAGCCAACCGGGUGGCCACCGGUGUACCCGCGAGUACUAGACACGAACAGGCGCAACCCGUGUGCGUUCGUUUCAACGCACCUAACCUGCGCAUGCCUACACCGCAAGGGCAACUCGGUGAUCAUGGACGAAGCUUUCCUUCAGGACUUGGUCGCGUACGAGGCGUCUUUGUCCCGCUGA